AUGGCAUCAUCAAUCUUUAACUUUCUUCUUACUUUCUUGGCACUCUCAAGUCUUGUAUUCCUAUCACAAUCACAAGUUACUAGUGCUCCCUUCAAACCUGACGGCCUUGCUUUGCCGGUCUUUAAGGAUUCUGCCACAGGUCUUCACAUAGCCAACAUCACGAAAAGAACUCCCCAGCAAUCAAUCCCAUUGCUUAUUGACUUGAAUGGCAAGUUCUUAUGGUUGAAUUGCGAAAAAAAUUACCUCUCAUCAACCUAUUUAGCCCCCUUUUGUCACUCAACUCAAUGUUCUCGUUUUGGUUGCAAUUCGUGCAACAAAUGCUUUUCCACUACACCUAGGCCUGGUUGCCAUAACAACACUUGUGCUGUUACAACAACAAACCCUUUAACUAGCCAAACUGCAACCAGCGAAGUUGCUCAGGAUUCUCUCUCAAUUCAAUCCAUUACUCAAUCUGGUUCAAAUUUUGGUCCUAUAGUUACUAUUCGCCACUUUCUUUUUGCUUGUUCACCAUCAUCUUUGUUACAAGGUCCUUUUCCUAAUAAUGUCCAAGGAGUAGCUGGAUUAGCUCAUGGUUCAGUCUCUCUCCCAAUUCAAUUUGCCUCUCAUUUCGGAUUCCCUCGUCAAUUCUCCUUGUGCUUGCCCUCUUCCACACAAAAAAAUGGUGCAAUCUUUUUUGGGAGUAGUGGAUUGAAUGGAACACAAAGAGGUAACUUAACCUACACGCCAAUAAUCAUCGGUUCACAAGGCGAAUAUUUCAUUCCAGUGAGGUCAAUUCUCGUAAACAACAAGCCUGUCCCAUUGAACCAUUCAUCUUUAAUCUCAACAAGGACUAGAAACUUUGGUGGCGCGAUGAUUAGUACUACAGCACCUUACACAGCUCUUGAACACAGCAUUUUCACAACUUUCACUCAGUUUUUCGCGAACCAAUCCUCUAGGAUAUCUCAAGUGGAUCCAAUAUCACCAUUCGGAUUAUGUUUCAAUUCCAAUGUCUCUUCGAGCACAAAUGUUCCAAACAUUGAUUUUGUGAUGCAGAACAAAAAUGUUACAUGGACUAUUGUUGGAACAAAUUCGGUAGUUGAAGCACGACCAGGUGUGUCAUGCUUGGCGUUUGUUGAUGGAGGACAAAAUCCAAAGGCUCCAAUUGUGAUAGGGGUGCAUCAAUUGGAAGAUAAUUUUGUUGAGUUUGAUUUGGUCAGGUCGAGAUUGGGUGUGAGCUCUUCGUUAUUGUCACGUAACACUAGUUGUUCUAACUUCAAUUUCACCUCCAAAUCGUCUUUCGUUAAUGAAAUGGAGUGAAGAUUGAAGAAAAGUUUAAUUUCCUCAAGUAUGACUCUAUCUAUGUUCUUGUGAUAUAGUUUAAGGUCUAUGUAAUUUUAGUUUAAGUUACUUUUGUUUGUUUUUUCGUCUUAAGAUGCAAGUGUACUAGUUUUGAGUAAG